UAAAGAAUCCAGACUAGAUUCACUGCAGCAUCACUUUCAAGAUAUCACUUCCUUUUCUCGUUAUGCUGCGUUGUAGGCUACCUGGACGUAAUAUUCAAUAAACUAUUUAGUUGACUAAAAACUUCUAUUUCUGAUUUCCUGAAGCAAGACAAACAAGAACAUGUCUGAUAUAGAAGAUAGUAGAAUUAAAAGACCCAGGGAUGAAGAGGGUGGCGAAGAAGAAGUGGACCUGCCCAAGCGACGAAGAGGGGAAGGACCUCGGAUCGAAUUGCGCAUCCUCAUGCAGAGCAAGAAUGCUGGCGCUAUCAUUGGAAAAGGUGGAGCCAACAUUAACAGGUUGAGAAAUGAUUACAAAGCCAGUGUUACAGUACCAGAUAGCAACGGUCCCGAACGAGUUCUAUCCAUUGGAGCUGAAUUGGGCACAGUCCUUGACAUGCUUUUAGACAUUUUACCAGAAAUGGAAGAUUCAAGAAAUAAAAGAAAUGAUUCUGAAUCUGAACUUCGAAUGAUUGUCCAUCAAAGUCAAGCUGGUUGUAUCAUUGGCAGGCAGGGCUUUAAAGUGAAGGAGCUCAGAGAAAAAACUGGAGCAAAUAUUAAAGUGUUUUCAACUUGUUGCCCUAACUCCACUGACAGGGUAGUGGCUAUCACAGGCAAACCAAAAAUUGUUGUUGGUUGUAUUGAAGAGAUUAUAGAGCUGUUACAACAGGCUCCACCAAAAGGUCCAAUCAACCCAUAUGACCCAUCAUUUAGUGAUGAAUUUCUAGCACCGGAAUAUGGAGGCUUCAUUACUGGAGAUAUCAGAGCAAGUAAAGGUUUACCACGUGGUGCUGCUCCGCCUCCUAGAGGUCUGAGGGGUGCCUUGCGGGGAAGAAUGGGCAUGGAAGGAUUUGGUAUGGGUGGAGGUAUGGACUUUGGCAGAGGAGGCAUGCGAGGGGGUAUGCGUGGUGGUAUGAGAGGAGGAAAAUCUUUUGGAGGAGGCAUGGGAGGUGACAUGGAGCCAUCAAUGGGCAGGGGCUCUGCUUUCGGAAGAGGCGGAUCAAUGAGGGGAAACAUGAAUGCCAAUAACAUGGGUCUUGGUAGGGGUAUGGGUGGUGGGGGCUUUGGAGGUGGAGGUUUUGGUGGAGGAAUGCAACAAGAUUUCAGUGGAGAUAUGACAAACUUAGGUGGAGGUCAGGGAAUGGCUUUUGGUGAUGAAGAAUGUGAAACUACUCAAGUUACAAUACCCAAAGAUCUGGCUGGUGCUAUUAUUGGAAAAGGUGGUAGUCGUAUCACAGACAUAAGAAGGAGAUCUGGUGCUAUGAUAGUUAUUGAUGAACCGUUACCAGGAUCAAAUGAUCGUAUUAUCAGCAUAAGUGGAACACCAGACCAGAUUCAAAAUGCUCAGUACUUAUUGCAAAUGAGUGUCAAACAAAAUUCCAGCAAAUUUUAAAGCAGCACCAGUUGAUCCUGUUGACAGAUGCGAGGGAUGCAAAAAAAACUGGCUUUUUCAUUGUACAUAAUCUCCUAAUGGUCCACUAUGUCUAUUUUGUUUUAAAGAGCCGCCAUUUUAAUGUACUCUUAUCAGUUCCAUGUUUAGCUAAAUGAUUUUUAAUUUAAAAAUAAACUUUUGUUCCUGUAAAAGACUUUGCCUAUCUUUAUUAC